AGAUGACCGUUAAACCACAGGUUUCCUCUCUCUCUCUCACUCUCUCUCUCUCUCUCUCUCUCAUAUUCACACAUAACCAAACACAGCAUACACAUUUCUCACUCAACUCUUUGUAAACCUUAACAGCCAAGUUUGUUUCUAUCAAAACCCUAUAAAUCCAAUAACUCAUCACCAUCAUCAUCUCUACAAACAACCCACAAAAAUUAUGGCACCAACAACAUUGUUCAACCUCUUUCUCUCUCCUCUUUUCCUUCUUUUUCUUCUCUCUCCACUUUCCUCAUCUGCAACAACAACAAUUCAUGACACUAAAGACUCGUCAAGACUGAUCAAUUUCCCAGAAACACAAGCACAAAAGCUCAUCAGAGGGCUCAACUUGUUCCCCAAAGAUGACAUCAACACUGGGCGGGGCGGCGGGGUGUCUCCGGUGGGUGGUGCUUCUCCAUUGAUGGUGGAAAAGCCUUUGAAAUUCCCUGUAAUUGGUGGUGAUUCUGGGACUUCAAUUCAAGACUUGGGUCACCAUGCUGGUUAUUAUAGACUUCCACAUACCAUUGAUGCAAGGAUGUUCUAUUUUUUCUUUGAAUCAAGAAACAGCAAGAGUACAGACCCAGUUGUCAUAUGGCUGACAGGAGGACCAGGAUGUAGUAGUGAAUUGGCUAUGUUCUAUGAAAAUGGUCCUUUUCAUGUCACCCAAAACUUAUCUCUUAUUUGGAAUGACUUUGGCUGGGACCAGGCAUCAAACUUGAUAUAUGUCGAUCAACCAACAGGAACCGGUUUCAGUUACAGUUCUGACAAUGAUGACAUUCGUCACAACGAAGAGGGUGUUAGUAAUGAUUUAUACGACUUUUUACAGGCAUUUUUUAAACAACAUCCUCAAUAUGUAAAGAAUGACUUUUACAUAACCGGAGAAUCAUAUGCCGGGCACUAUAUUCCUGCUUUCGCAGCUCGGGUUCACCAAGGAAACAAAGAGAAACAGGGGAUUUUCAUAAACCUGAAGGGAUUUGCUAUUGGGAAUGGGCUCACAGAUCCUGAAAUCCAGUACAAAGCAUACCCUGACUAUGCUUUGGACAUGAAACUAAUCAAACAAUCUGAUUACAACAAUGUAACCAACUUGAUUCCACGAUGUGAAGAGGCAAUAAAGCUUUGCGGUGCCGACGGAGGAAACUCUUGCAUGUCUGCAUAUUCUGCUUGCAAUGCCAUAUUUAACAAGAUCAUGUCCAUCGUUGGCGAUGCUAAUUACUACGAUAUCAGAAAGAAAUGCGAGGGUGACCUGUGCUACGACUUCGCAAACAUGGAGAAUUUUCUGAACCAGAAGUCUGUCAGAGAAGCUCUUGGGGUUGGCGACAUCGAGUUCGUUUCAUGUUCUUCGACAGUGUACCAGGCCAUGAUCCUGGACUGGAUGAGGAAUCUGGAAGUUGGCAUUCCUCCGUUGCUUGAAGAUGGAAUCCAGUUGCUUGUGUAUGCUGGGGAAUAUGAUCUCAUUUGCAACUGGCUUGGGAAUUCAAAAUGGGUUCAUGAGAUGGAAUGGUCUGGUCAGAAAGACUUCACAGCAGCUCCCACUGUGAGAUUUCUUGUUGAUGGUGGAGAAGCAGGACUGCUUAAAAACCAUGGCCCUCUAACAUUCCUCAAGGUUCAUGAUGCUGGUCACAUGGUUCCAAUGGAUCAACCAAAAGCUUCAUUAGAAAUGCUAAAGAGGUGGACUCAAGGAAAACUCUCCAUGACCAAGUCGGAAGGUCGGCUCGCUCCGAUUUGAUUGCCACACACUGACCUUAGUCCCCAUGUGUGUCCAAUUUCAAUUGUGUACAGGCGGAAAUAUCCAAAAUGUGCCUGGAAAUACCAAAGCAAUCCUCUUGUGCUUGUAGUAUUAAAAACAGGCCAUUCCAUAAAGAUUGCUCACAGAAAUUAUUAAUGAGUGCAUUAAUAUGAAAACAACUUCUUUUUUUUUA